AAUGAUACUAAAAAAAAAAAAGAAGGGUUCAGUACUCCACAAGCAAGGCCAUAGAUCAUAAACAUCAUAAAAUUUAGACUAUCAUCCAUUAAUUCUUCCAGGUUCUUGUUAAGUGGUUUCCAUAUAUCCUCAAAGCCAUGGAAGAAGAAAUUGAGUUAUGUUUCAGAUAUUUUAAGUUCUUGAACAUCCUCAUAUUGAUCAGUUUCUUGUGUUUAGACACAGCCAGUUCUGAAGUUUAUACAGUAGGAGAUGAGGAUGGGUGGGACACAGGGUCCAACUUUCUUACCUGGUCACAGAGAUACAAUUUUAGCGCUGGCGAUGAUCUGGUGUUUCAAUAUGUGAAGGGGCAACACAAUGCUUAUGACGUAACAGAGGCCACAUAUCAAUCCUGCAAUGCAAGCUCUGGGGUUUUAGCGAAGUAUGAGAGCGGGAACGAUCAAGUCAAACUCACCAAAGCGAAGAAAUACUGGUUUAUUUGCAACAUAGGAGGCCACUGCCUGGGAGGAAUGAGGUUCGCUAUCGAUGUAAAAGCAGCCAGUACCAUCUCCAAUAGCACUAAUACCACCAAUGAUGCAUCAACUCCUGGAAUUGGAACAACCCCACCACCCAACCUUGAAAAAAGUUAUGCUUCUAGGAGAAAUAGCAUUGUGAUAUGCCUCAUUGGUUUAGUGAGAGAAAUACUACCCAAAAUGUACUAAACAGCUGCGAAAUUUGGAGUUAAUUUGGUCAGUGCAUCUCCUUUUAUUUUAUUUUUUCUUCUGCCUUUUCUCUAUGAAUAGAAUACAGCUGUUGGGUGAGAGGGGAAGAAAAAGUAUAUAAUUUACAUGAAUUUUCAAGAUGUGAUAGGCCAGGAUCAACUUCGAUCUGCAGCUUUGGUGUGGUUGCUCAUAUAUUCAUUUCUGUUCUCAUUUGGAAAUGACAUAGUGAUGAAUUUUGAUGAAGAGGUCAUGGGAUUUAAUUUUCCACUAGUUUUGUGAACAUUACUUUGCAAUAAGAGAAGAUGUAUACGUAUUAUGCUACUAUGCUGGGUUUCUAAUGGCUUGCUUUGAGAGGGGGAAACCUCAAUGGGGCAAAACUAUAGACAUAAAUAGAUUU